GAAUACGAGACAGGGCCGCGCAUUCAGAGCUGUCAGUGUAACAGAUCAAGUUCAUCUGGCCACCUAGGUACAAUGGCCACCCUGGGGCUUUCAAGGCUUUUGCCCAAACCCACCCAGACUUAUCAAGUCCAUAAAGACGACCCGUCCCCCACCGCCCUGGCGCGCCUCGAGAUUUCAGGCAAGAAGGUAAUCCCACCGUAUGGAGAACGCAAUGGCUUUGUGCCCCGAGCUGUGGGUGAUUUUGGUGACGGAGGAGCUUUCCCGGAAGUGCACGUGGUACAAUACCCGCUGAAUAUGGGCAAGAAAGACGCCGCCAGCGCCAGUAAUGCCAUUGUGUCUGUGGACGUGGCUGCGGACGGCAAGGUGAAUUUCGACGCGAUCGUCAGGCAAGGCACAAACCGCAACAAGAUCGUCCAUUCCAAGCUCUCUGACAUGAGGGGCGGGGACGCGGAUGAGAACGUGCUGAGCAAGCCCACCCCGGAGGAGGAGGCGGAGCAGGCGGCCAAGACCAAGAGCGCCCUGGAGGCCUUGAUAGGAGGGAAAAUUGCAGCAGCGCGUCCUGUGCAGCUCGCGAAAGCCCCAGGCUCGGAAGAGCCGACGUACGUGCGCUACACGCCGAACCCUAACGCACCGGGCUACAACACGAACGCGAAGCAGCGUGUGAUCGAGCUGGUGGACGCCCAGGUGGACCCGAUGGAGCCCGCCAAGCACAAGCACAAGAAGGUGCCCCGAGGCCCGCCCGAGGACCCUGUCCCCGUCCUGCACUCGCCGCCGCGGAAGGUGUCGGUGGAGGACCAGGAAGCCUGGAAGAUCCCCCCCUGCAUUUCGAACUGGAAGAACGCCAAGGGCUACACCAUCCCCUUGGACAAGCGCCUGGCCGCGGACGGGCGGGGUCUGCAGGAGACGACGAUCAACCCGAAAUUCGCGGCACUGCCUCAGGCCUUGUACAUCGCGGAGGACAAGGCUCGGGAGCAGAUCGCGGCCCGCGCGAAGAUCGAUCAGAAGAUCAAGAAGCUGGAGAGAGAGCAGAAGGAGCAGGAGCUGCGAGAGCUGGCGGCCCGGUCGCGGAUGGCGAGGAUGCCUCACCUGGAGAGCAAGCAAUGGUCUGCCGACCACCGUAUGUGA